GACAAAGACAGAAAGGAAGGACCAAAAAUAGAGAGAACGAGGGGUAAAGUGUGAAUGAACAAAGAUUUAUGUGAAUGUGUAAAUGACAAGUAUAAAGUGAGGGAGAGAGAGAGAGAGAAAGAGAGGGGGAGGAGAAAGAGAGAAGGAGGGAGAGUGAGAGGGACAAGAGGGGUCUUGCACAUAUAAAGUUGCCGGGGGAGUAUGGGGUUCAGGGAGAGGACAGAACACUAUGCAGAGGAUCUGAAGAGAGGAGCAGACCCAGCGGAAAUCCAUUGAACAUAAAUAACAUGUUUUCCAAGGGAGAGCUGGUCAAGAUGCCACUAUAAACACUGGAAAACUACCACAAUACCUACAGCUGGUCUGCGUGCCUGUAUGGGUUGCCUUAGAGACGGAGGAGACAGACAGGAACAACAGAAGCUGACCCUAUAGCUCCAUACAACCUCUCUCUCUCUCUCUCUCUCUCUCUCUAACAUCCUCUAUUGGAUAUAUGGGUGUCCAGAAGAGGCUUUCCUGACAUUUAGAUUCCCUAGAUAACAUUAUACUGUAUUGGACCAAUCAGAUGGAACUGCAUUUAUGACUAAGAGGGAGUGUUUCACGGGACGUACCUGAGCUCCAGGAAUUUGCUCAUACCGGGAACCAAAGUGGAUACAGUGACAAUCCAUCUAGAACAGUAUGCCAGAGAGGGUGUAUGGGUUCCAGGGGCAGAGUUUCCACAAGCUGAAGAGGGCGUGUCUGCGGCGGGGCAAGCUCUUCCAGGACCCCCUCUUCCCCCCCUCUGCACUGUCACUCUUCUACAAACGAGACCCACCCCCUGGACUCACAUGGAAGAGACCACGGGAGCUGUGUAAGGACCCUCGUCUCUUUGUGGACGGCAUCAGCACGCGGGAUCUGCACCAAGGCAGUCUGGGUAACUGCUGGAUGGUGGCGGCAACUUCCUGUCUGGCCUCAGAACCCUCACUUUGGAAGAAGGUGAUUCCUGACCACGCGGAGCAGGAGUGGAACCUCAAGCGUCCCGACCUGUAUGCCGGAAUCUUCCACUUCCGCUUCUGGCGGCUCGGGCGCUGGACAGACGUGGUGGUGGACGACCGCCUGCCGGUCAGUGAGGACGGAACGCUGCUCUUCUGCCGCUCAGCCACGCCACGGGAGUUCUGGAGCGCCCUGCUGGAGAAGGCCUACGCCAAGUUGAACGGCUGCUAUGAGGCGUUGGAAGGAGGUAACACGGCAGAGGCCCUGAUCGACUUCACAGGGGGUGUGUCAGAGCCCCUAAGUCUGGACAGGGAGGCCCUCACCCUUCACCUCAAUCAGAGGAAGGCACUGUUCCAGACCCUGGCCAAGGCUCAUGGACGCAGAGCCCUCAUCACCUGCUCCAUACGGCCAGCGGAGGGGGAGACAGUAGAGUCAGUACUAGACUGUGGUCUGGUGCGGGGCCAUGCCUACGGUAUCACCGCGGUGAGGAAAGUGCGUCUGGGGGAGUGGUCGCUGCUGGGUGGCUGUGGUGUUCGCCUCUGCAUGGUGCGCAUGAGGAACCCAUGGGGUACAGCCGACUGGAACGGGCCCUGGAGUCAGGGGUCUCAACAUUGGCAGCGGGUUGGUCGUGGUGAAAGGGAGAAGAUGGGCCUCAUAGUCAGAGAUGUGGGGGAGUUCUGGAUGGAGUUUGAGGACUUCUGCAGCUACUUCACAGACGUGGUGGUGUGUCGUCUGGUAGAACGAUCCCUGCUGUGGCCCAGAACUCACUGGAGAGAAGUACGCUGCCCUGGGGAGUGGGCGCCAGCCCCUAACACCCCCGGCACCCUCCUCUCCAGGCGCCAGGCACCCAACCUGGGGAAGAAUACUGCCAAGCCUGGGGGGUUGAACCAGACUCAGAGAGGGGACCGGAAAGAGGCAAGACUGGGGGAGAGACAGAGGGGUGGAGGGGGAGGAGGAGGUCGAGUUGUUCGUGGUGGAGGGAGGGAAAAAAUGGUUGUUGCGAAAGAGGGGGAGAAGAAGACGAAGAGGAAGGAGGAGGGGGUGAAGAAGGAGGGAGAGGUGGAUGGAGGAUGGGAUGAACAGACUGAUAAGAAGAGUAGGUGUGGAGGAUGCAUCAACCACAAAGACACUUUUCUACACAACCCCCAGUUCAUGUUUGAGGUGCAGGGAAAAGAGGAUGAGGUGUUGAUCUGUCUGCAGCAGGAGGACAGGAGGAUAAAGAGGAAGGAUGGAGGAGGAGAGAAUCUGCCCAUCGGCUUCGAGGUGCUGAGGGUGGAGGUGAACCGGCUAAGCCGUGUGCAGUGUGUGGUGGAGCAGGCAGCGAGCUCUGUGUACAUGGACUCCCGUAGUGUGGCCCUGCGAGUGUCCCUGGGCCCCGGCCGCUACGCCCUCCUGCCCACUACCUUCCAGCCCGGGGCGACCGGACGCUUCCUGAUACGCCUCUUCUCACAUUCCCACCUCAGACUCAGUGAGUUGAGAGAGGAGUUGCCUGCUCCCUCACUGUGGCAGUGUUGUCUUCCCCAGCCCAGUAUAGUAACCACCGUCCACCUACGUCGAGCAUCUGGACUCAGCCAGCCUAAACAGACAGCACCAGAUGUGUAUGCGGUUAUCUGGUGUGAGGACGACACCAUAAGAACACGUGUGUUCAAGGAGGAUGGAAACCCAGAGUUCAACAUCAGGGCCAUUUUCUACAGGAGAAACCCAGACGCACAUAUCAGCAUUGAGUUGUGGAGCUAUGGUCUACUGUGGGACACACUACUGGGCGGGGCUCGGCUCCAGACUAGCGACAGUGAGAAGGGGCGGAGCCGAGUGAUUGACCUGCAGGGUGGCCAAUCACGGUCAGGAUCCAGGGGCUGUAUCUAUGUGGAAACCUCAUCCAGCGAAUGCCUAACAGACUUAUAACUGACAGCUGUGGCUUGUACCACCCAUGAUGCAACCAUGCAAUCACUGAUUUUCUGGAAGAGGCUGCAGAUUUGGAUGAAAAUGUAUCGGGUUCAAUAGCUUUAUCCAUUGGAACUACCAUAAAUAACAAAGACAAAUGCCUCUUUGAAUUAACUUAAUGAAUAUACACUGAACAAAAAUAUAAUUGCAACAUGUUUCAUGAGCUGAAAUAAAAGAUUCUAGAAAUGUU